AUGUCGACACACCCAGGUUCCACCGCACGCGGCCCCAGCCGUGCUGGUGGCAGCAUCGCCCAGCCACAGAAUCGCAGCGCGACGCCCUACGGCCAGAACCACGCCGGCUCGGCCAUCCCCCGCCCCGUCCUCGAAACCAACCAUGCCGCCACCGGGAGUGAGGUCGGCUCUGCCUCUGUCAGCGUGAGCAGGCAAAAGCAGUCCAAGAGAGAUGAGGCCAUCCGCCGCAAGAUGGAGAGCGAUCUCUCCAAGAAGAAGCAUCUUACCAGCCGAGCCCGUCAUACCCGCAAAGCCCCUCCCGGAACCGUCCUCGCCCUCAAGCCGAGCCCCGCCCUCCAGAUCAAGGCCGCGACCACCGUUUCCGAAGCCGCUCAGUUGAUGGCCGCCAAGCGCGAGGACUGUGUUCUUGUCACCGACGACGAUGAAAGGAUUGCCGGUAUCUUUACAGCCAAGGACUUGGCCUUCCGCGUCGUCGGCGGCGGACUCAAGGCCAACACGGUCACCAUUGCUGAGAUCAUGACCAAGAACCCGCUGUGCGCUAGGACCGACACCAGCGCCACCGACGCCCUUGAUCUCAUGGUGCGCAAGGGCUUCCGCCAUUUGCCCGUCAUGGACGAGAACCAGGACAUAUCGGGCAUUCUCGAUAUCACAAAGUGCUUCUACGACGCGAUGGAAAAGCUGGAGCGCGCCUAUGCCUCGUCCAGGCGGUUGUAUGAUGCGCUCGAGGGUGUUCAGUCAGAGCUUGGUACCAGUCAGCCCCAGCAGAUCAUCCAAUACGUUGAGGCCCUGCGAUCCAAGAUGUCGGGCCCGACCCUGGAGUCUGUCUUGAACGGCAUUCCCCCAACCACGGUCAGCGUCCGGACCUCGGUCAAGGAGGCGGCCCAGCUGAUGAAGGAGAACCACACCACGGCGGUCUUGGUCCAGGAUCAGGGAGCAAUUACGGGUAUCUUCACCAGCAAGGACGUCGUCCUUCGUGUGAUUGCCCCCGGUCUUGACCCUGCCACCUGCAGCGUGGUCCGCGUCAUGACCCCCCAUCCCGACUUUGCGCCCAUGGACAUGACCAUCCAGGCUGCGCUGAGGAAGAUGCACGAUGGCCACUACCUCAACCUGCCGGUGAUGAACGAUGCUGGCGAGAUUGUCGGCAUGGUCGAUGUCCUCAAGCUCACUUACGCCACCCUCGAACAGAUUAACACGAUGGGCAGCGGUACCGACAACGAGGGACCCGCCUGGAACAAGUUCUGGCUUUCUCUGGACCACGAAACCGAGUCAAUGGUAUCGGGCGAUGGCUCGCUCCACCACACCCACCAUGGGCCUAGAUCGCUCAUGUCGCCCGACAUCGCUCGCAGCGAGCGCAUCGUCGACAGCGUGGCGCCUGGUGAUUCUGCGAGCCAUGCGGGCGUCGAGUCGCCUUCCCACAGCCAGCUCGGUGGCAUUCAGGAGGUCAACCCGGCCGAUAUCCCCUUCCCCUUCAAGUUCAAGGCUCCCAGCGGCCGUGUCCACCGUCUGCAGGUGACAGCCUCCCACGGCAUGGCCGAAUUUGUCGCUGCUGUCGCUGCCAAGCUUGGAGCUGAGGUGGACGCUAUUGGCGGUACCCCUGAGGUCGAGAACGGCCGACUUUCCGGCGGAUUUGCGCUCAGCUAUCUUGACGACGAAGGCGACUCGGUUUCCAUCACCACGGAUCAGGAUCUGCUCGAAGCCAUCCUGCUUGCGCGUCACGGCCUCCGUGAGAAGGUCGACCUGUUCGUGCACGACCCCUCAGAGCCUGCUAUUUCGCACGCUCCUACGCCUGCACCGGUGAUUGAGACGAUCCCUGCCACCCCUCCUGCUUCGUCGGUGGUUCGUGAGCGGAGAAAGAAGGUCGAGGAGGAAUCCGAGGAGGUUAGUGAGGAGGAGGAGCCCGUCCAUCGCCGCCCUACGCGCACGCGCACAAUGUCUCAGCCACAAGAGCAGCCCCGGGUCAUUGCUGGUGUCCCCAACGAGCUGCUGCUUCCGGGUGCUAUUGUCACCCUGGCCGUGGUGAUUGUUAGUGUGUUUACCGUUUCGAGAUUGACCAGCAGCCGUUAAGCAUAAGAAUUUACACCUUUUUAUUUUUUUUUACAUUUUCUUCGAAUUCUUGGUCGAGAAGGUAGUUUAGAGGAGAUGAAGAUGAAGCAGGGAGUCUCAUGGUUUUGAUGAUGAUCGAUGCAGUGUGUUGAUAGUUGUUGUUGCUGUUGUUGGGCUCGAGAAAUUGUUGAUAAUGGAUUGCCCAAUCCAGCAAUUAUAUCUUCUCAUUCGCCUGAUUUAAAGGUAGUUGCAUGACGGAAUGCAGGAGGGGAGUGUCGGGAACGGGACCCUGAGAGAGGGGGAUUUGGCCGGAUUGGUAUAGGUUACUUAGUUACUGAGGAAGGAAACUCAUGUACGCAAAGCCUCUGAUUACGAGCUACAUUAUUACCCACUACAGACUACACGUUGACAUUGAGAACAUUGAGAUCAAGAUUUCGGCCAGCGGUAGUAUGGCGUUUUUGUU